AUGACAAGACAAAUUGACAAAUGUUCACUAAUAAUUUGUAAGAGUCAUUUUGAACUUGAAGGUUGGUGUGUUGACGUCGUGGUAGAUCAUUUAUUUUGCUCUUCAGCACAUACCGCAAAUUAUUAUACAAUUGAAAGGCUUCAAGGCAGUGGAAAGAACCAGUGGGAACAACAAAUAAAUAAAUUUGCACCAUCCAUUCGAUGA